AGGGAGAGGUAGAGGGUAAGGAAAGAGAAAGAGGUGGGGAAGAGAAGUGCAUUGUUUUAUUGCUUGCCGCGAACGAUCGCUUGUCGGAGAAGUAGCUCUUCGGAUGAAACGGAAUUAACAUUACAGCCGAUCACCAAUUUAUGUCUCGUCUUUGACACUUGUUUGUGCUAUUCGGACAAACGGAAACAUAUGAGGAUUCGUUGUAUUUAUGUUUAUCCGCAGCUCCUUUUUGGAGCUCUAAAUAUUUUUACUGAUAUCUAUACUUCUCUUCACGAUUCACAUGCUUUGGAGUCCUAUGACUUGCAGAUAAUAAACCAGCAACAUGAGAGCUCAAAUUGAAGUGAUCCCUUGCAAAAUAUGCGGGGACAAGUCGUCCGGCAUCCACUAUGGGGUCAUCACCUGCGAAGGCUGCAAAGGCUUCUUUCGGCGCAGUCAACAGAAUAACGCCAUGUACUCCUGCUCACGACAGAGGAAUUGCCAGAUAGACCGUACCAACCGCAACCGCUGCCAGCACUGCCGCCUGCAGAAGUGCUUGAACCUGGGCAUGAGCCGCGACGCGGUCAAGUUCGGCCGCAUGUCCAAGAAGCAGCGCGACAGCCUGUACGCCGAGGUGCAGAAGCACCAGCAGUCCCAGGAGCGCAACUCCAUGGCGGCCAACGGCAACCUGAACAUGGUGGGCUCCCGGGGGCCGGCGGACGAGGGCGGGCUGGGCGACGGCGGCAUGGGCCUGGGCAGCAGCCACACCACGCGCACCUACAGCCGCGGCUCCAGCGCCGCGCUCAGCGACCUGGACGACAUCACCGACCUGCCCGACAACCUGCUCUUCGACCUGCCCCUCACGCCGGAGGGUGGAGCGACCGGCGGGGGCAGCUACUGCAGCCUGGAGCUGCUGGGCGGCGGGGGCAGCGGGGGCAGCAGCUCUCACAGCUCCUCGCAGAGCUCGCCCGAGCAGAGCGGGCAGGAGUACAGCGACGGGGGCAGCUCCGGAGGAGGAGGAGGGGGCGGACGCGGGGGCAACGGCAACAACUUGCACAUCAAGCAGGAGCAGUACCAGCUGCUGCACGACUCCAGCAUGUUCACACACUCGCUGCUCAACAACUCGUCUGACGUCUGCUCCAUGAUGGAAAUAGAACGCAUCACCCAAAAUGUGGGGAAGUCCCACAUGGAGACCAGUCAGUACAGCGCAGAGGAGCUGAAGAAGCUCGCCUGGAACACCUACACCGCAGAGGACACACGCUGCUUCCAGAACAAGCCCGUGGAGGUGAUGUGGCAGCAAUGCGCCAUUCACGUCACCAACGCCAUCAAGUACGUGGUGGAGUUCGCCAAGCGCAUCACUGGAUUCAUGGACCUCUGCCAGAACGACCAGAUCAUUCUCCUGAAAGCAGGCUGCCUGGAUGUUCUUCUGAUUCGCAUGUGCCGUGCCUACAACCCUGUCCACAACACACUGCUCUUCGACAGCAAGUUUGCCGGCCCCCAGCUCUUCAAAGCUUUAGGCUGUGAUGACCUUGUGAACGCCGUGUAUGAGCUGGCCAAGGGCUUCAACCGCUUGCAGCUCAGCGACGAGGAGAUGGCGCUAUUUAGCGCCGCCGUGCUCCUAUCCCCAGACCGGUUGUGGCUGACAGACACGCAGCAGGUGCAGAAGCUUCAGGAGAAAGUGUACCUGGCACUGCAACACAGUCUGCACAGAAAUGGUGCUUCAGAGGAGAAACUGACAAAGAUGGUGUCCAAGUUGCCCAUGAUGAAGUCCAUCUGCAAUCUCCACAUCGACAAGCUGGAGUUCUUCCGUCUGCUUCACCCGGAGACCGCCUACAGCUUCCCACCACUCUACCGGGAGGUCUUCUGCAGCGAAAUUAACUUCCCCGACUCCACCGAGGGCUAGAGGCCCACACCAGGCACAGAGAGACUGGCAGACACAACAGAUAUUUAGGGAUGGAGACAGAGAGAAGGGGUGGGGGUGGGGGGGGGGGGGUCAGAAUAAAGUGGCUGAAAGCAACCAGCAGCUCAACGACAAUCCUGCACAGAACACUUUAGGACACACUAACACCCCCCCUCGCCUGACCUCCUGCCCUGAGUCUAACUUGCACUGCGCCAUGAGCAGGUCCACGUUACCGUUCUCACCCGAUCUAAAGGACAUUAGUCGCUGGCUACUGUGCAUGCUACCUGAUGUUAUCUCUCUUUUUUUUUCGUGUACCGGUUAGACUCAUUUGGUGUCAGGUUUUUAUUGUGCUGAGUCUGGGAUCUCAGAGAAGAGUCCCAGGACGACACAGCUCUUGUUUUCUUGUUCCUCAUGUUAGUCCAGAUCAUAUUGAAUGUACCUUACCGACAUGCAGCACAGUACCAGAUCAUCCCACGGUCUGCUCAGCCAAGCCAGGCAGACGUAUAAACACCUGAUUGGAUUUAACCAUGUCCCCUCAGGAGUGCUUACACUCAAUGUUUAUCUCCUCCUUAUGAACAAAACAGUUGAAAGGGACCAAGAUCAAACUAAAACCAUGCAGUGCAGAUGUAACACUUCUUUCUCUUUUUUUGAAAAAAAAAAAAAAAAGCUUUAUAGCAUGUUAAUCACUGUAAGUGACCCAGGGUCCGGACUGUCACACAGGCUGACCCACGUUCUUGCACAUGCAACACUAACGAAAGCACUUGCGGUGCUGACCUGAGCGUGUUUCCAUGCACAGGCUCACGCACCAGUGUUUUAAACUUUUUUUUUUUUUCUUAUUUGUUUUUGUUCGUUUUCAAAUGCGAUCGAUAACCUCAGUCCCACUUCCUUUUCCCUUUCAAAUGCCACUUGGACAGUGUGUGCGUGAGAGAAAGUGAGAGAGUAAAAUACAUAUUUUUUUAAUGUUGCAUUAAUUUAUAAAUACACUCACAUUAGUUGAAAAUCUUACAGGAAAUGAAAAGCAUAUAUAUAGAGAGGGAUAGAUUUAUAUAUAGAGAUAUAUAUAUCCAUAUAUAGUAUACAUUGUCAGAAUGAGAAGGGUUUAGACAGAGGAUAAAAUACCAGAACAGUGUGAAUGUCCUAACCCACCCCCACCCCAUCCCGUUAAUCAUGGCAGCCAGAACAGAAAAGUGAUUGGCAUUUUAAAAUUUGACAGUAGGUUGAUAAAGGUGAAUUCCUGAGGCAGAUGAAAGACCAUUUACUGACUCAAGACCUCCCCCUUAUACACACACACAUACACACACACACACACACGUACACUUGACUGUCUCCACCACCGACUCUGCCACAGACUUAGCGCUCAGACGAGACCUCUUGGUUGGUUUCACUCGGUCCCUCACCCCGCUCAGGUUUUGCUGCUCAUAGGCCCCUCUGGAAGUGUCACCAACUCAGACUCACAGACUAAUGCAGGACUUUGGCUGGGGCUCUACCUCGUUGAGACGGAGAGAGAGAGAGAGAGAGAGAUGGAGAGAGAGAUGAGAGAUGGACGGAAGGGUGCAGGGCAGGCUCCAGCUGGAAAAGAGCAUUCCGGAGCAGAGAAGCAACUGGAAUGUUGGGCCACCCCCCCACCCCCUCCUCCUCCUCCUCCGCAACCCCCCCCAACCACCCCCCACCCAAGAAGUGCCGCAAGAAUCCCCAGUCAAGAGAAGACUGUGGGAAAGUGGUGCCCAGACUGUGGCUUAGAAAAAGCAGCGGAGGCAGCCGGACACUUUGAACUUGGGUGAUGGGAGAGAGAGAGAGAGACAGACAGACAGAAAAGGAAAACCAGAGGUGAAGAAAAAGAGAAAAAGAAAAAAAAAACAGACAGGCUUUGAGGAGGUGUGCUGUCCUACUCUCUCUCUUCUCACACAUGUGUUAAUCCUGUGUUUUUGCUUCAUGUAUGAGAGUGAUAAUGCGAUUCAGGGUCAGCAUCGUGUUCAUGUUGUAUAUUCACCUUCCUCUUGUCGCUCAGUCCUUCGACCAGACACACUUUAUGGCGCACCUAAGGGUUGACAGAGCCAUCAGCUACCCCCCUGAGUUAGGGAUUAAUAUGUUUAGGUAAUAUAUAGAUCAUAUUUUACAUAGCUACCAAAGGACAAUACGAAGAAACAAAUCUAUUUUAUGCAGAUGUAUUUUUCCACAGUUUGUUAAAACUCUAGACUAGGAGGGUUUUAUCAGAUCUUUUUUCUCGUCCACAUUGUACAGUGUUUGUAAAAGCCUGGCCUUUUGGCUUACUCGAGUGUUCACAGCCUCCGUGCGUACAAACAGGGAGGUCCUGCAAAAGCUAGCCGCAGAUGCAUAUCUCUGACUGAGAGAUUUUGGCGUGGCAGGAAAACACUUUGUAACGACCAGGCCCUCUGAGGGGAAUUUCAGAUGAACCUUGGGGCCAGAUUACAGUACGAAAAAAAAAAAAAAAGCUUUUUCAUUGUGUCAACAAAAACUGAAGAUAGUGGUUAAACUUGGAUUUUUCCUGUUCAGCUCUUUGAAAGUACUGCAGAACGUUUCACGUAUUGCACUGCUGGAACAGUGCCCUUCUCCAUUACUGUAUAUGUUUUGUUUUCUUGAUGAACUUGAUGAGAGUUUAUAUAUUCGUUUUUAUUUUCUGGGUGCUCAAGACAGUGUCAUAAUAAUGGGACUGUGCAAUAAUCAGUCUUUUCAGUCAGUUUCUCCAGAGUACAGCCUCUUGUCCAAAUGGAGGCUUCUCUGGCCCAUACAAGCACUCCAGCAGGCAAACAGUUAACAGUCAUACCAGACAAACCAUGUCGACACCAGUCAAGCAUUAACUGGCUUCAGUGGAUUUGUAAAAGGCCGUGUAGGACUGUAUCAGUGUACGUGCUAUGAGUGUCCAGAGUUUUAGAUUGUCAUUGUAUGUUGUGAAGUGUAACUUGCAGCCCUGAGAAAAAGAAAAAAAAUACAAACUGCCACGUUUUCUUUCCCCUGUCCGUGGAUGCAGUUGACAAAAGGUGUGUGCAAUUACAUUAACACUCGCAGUCACUCAGGGAGAUAGCUGGGCUCUCUGUCUGAAAAAGUGUCUUCUUCAGUUAGCCUAGCAAGACACCUUGCACCGAAUAGAAGCCCUUAAACCUUGAUCACUGUGUACAGUAGAUGUUCUCGUGAAUGUUAAUCACCGAAGUAUCAAAGACUUUACCCCUGUCUGAUAUCAAUAUAAUUGCAGGACGUUUGAGCCUGAAAGCGUAGAAGUUUAUAGGAUCUAAAACAUAAGUAUAUAAAAUAUUCAUCGCACGUGUAAGAAACACAUGCGGUGGGUUUUAAUCUCUGAAUCUUGUAUUGGGUUUUUUUUUGUUGUGAUCAUUUGUUCCUUCAUUUCUGUCAUUUUCUGUAUUUUUUUUCCUCACCGAUGUAGUGUUCUCAUUUUGUCUUGGAGAACUAUAAUUCUAUUUUUUUUAAAGAUUUUUUUUAAAAAGAAGAGUCUCUUCACUUGGGGUUAAGUUACAUCAAGUGCUACAGCUGCCAGAAUGCUGACUCUCAGCAGAUGUUAGCAGCUAAAGUGCUGGAUUUAAUUUGUUCCUGUCUUGAUCCCCUGUCUGUCAUGCUUUCAUUUUAUUUGAGAUUAUUAAAAUCACAUGUAGAUUU